AUGACAGAUCUGGAGGUGCUGGACGUCAAGACCACCGAGACCAAUCUUCUGUCAGCUGAAGAAAAAGUGGCUAUGAAGAAAGCUGCAAGUUCAUUGAAGAAACAAGGAAGUAGAUAUCAAGUUGCAGUACCAUGGCGAGAAAACGAGCCGCAGCUGAAAAGCAACUACGAAUCUGCGCUGAUUCGCCUGGUGAAGCUGGAGAAUUCUCUUCAUCGUCGGGGAGCUCAUCUUGCUGCAAAGUAUAACGACAUUCUUGAAGAGUACGUGAAGAAAGGUUAUAUGACCAAAACUCCCACGGCGCAGAGAUCAAAAAGUGGAGAGGAUGAGUGGUUCCUUCCACACUUUCCCGUCAUUCGAGAGGACAAGGCGUCAUCCAAGAUCCGAAUCAUGUACGACGCAGCGGCCAAAAGUGAGGGAAUCAGUCUCAACUCACAGCUCCUUCCGGGACCAUCGCUUUACAGCGACCUGAUCGAAACGCUAGUCGGAUUCAGACAACAUCCUAUCGCCUUAGUCGGAGAUGUAAAGGAGAUGUUCCUUCAAGUCGAGCUGGCGCCAAAAGAUCAGAAGUUCCACCGCGUUCUAUGGCGCAACAUGAAGCAAGAUGAAGAACCAACAGUUUUUGAAGCCAAGAGAUGGAUCUUCGGAAACGCUGCAGCACCGUUCGUCGCGCAGUUUGUUCUGAAGGAGCAUGCGCGACUCAACGCAGAGAAGUACCCUGUUGCGUCUGAAGUAAUCAGCAAGCACGUUUACAUGGACGACGAGAUCGCAUCAUUUAAGGAUGCGGAAUCCGCCAUCGGAGCAAGGAGGCAAGUAAGUGAGCUGCUGGAAGAUGCUGGCAUGAAGAUGACGAAGUGGAAAUCAAACAGUCAAGAAGUGAUGGAAACAGUACCAGAAGAGGACAGAGCCGUCACCUCAAAACACUUCAUUGAAGACAAAGGAUCAGAAUCAACCAAAGCUCUCGGCGUGGUGUGGUCGACAGAAGACGACAUUCUAUCACUGGAUGUGUCCAAGCGACCGCCGGUGACAGGAAGAUGGACCAAGAGAGCUGUCCUGAAGGAGAUGGCUGCCAUCUUCGACCCGUUAUGCCUAUUCGCACCAUUCACACUCCGUGCCAAGAUGUUAUUUCAGCAAACCUGGGACUGCACGAUCAACUGGGACGACAUCCUACCUGAGGAUCAGCAGAAACAGUGGAACGCGUGGUUCUUCGAACUCGCAGAACUGGAGACCAUAGCUGUGCCAAGAUGUAUUCACCGCUUCAAGGGUGAACCUGACCAAGAGCUCCAUGUCUUCAGUGAUGCCUCUGAGCAGGCAUAUGCCGCUGCUGUAUAUGUCGUAUCCGAAAGCAUGGGUGAGAGGUGCUCCAAUCUCGUCCUGGCACGUGCCAGAGUGGCACCGAGAGCAAAGAAGAAGACGAUCGCCAGACUGGAGCUCAUGGGGGCGCUCUUGGGACUGCGUCUAGUCAAGAAAGUGUGCAGCGCUCUUGGGAAGGAGCUAUCCAACUUCCUCGUGGGUCACACAGCAAUCGAGAUGACAGUAUCAUCAGAUUCCAAUGAGGCGGGGGUAAGGCAGCGCUGGAAACGUAUACAACAGCUGUCAACAGAGUACUGGAGGCGAUGGCUCAGAGAAUAUCUACCGUCGCUACAGCGGAGACAGAAGUGGCUUGAUCCGAAACCCGACAUAGCACCUGGUGACGUGGUGUUGGUGGUCGACCCGUCUUCUCCACGAGGAAAGUGGCCGAUGGGACGCAUAGACCAAGUGAUGAGAGGUGACGAUGGUCACGUCAGAGUGGCGUCUGUGAGGAUGCGAGACAAGAUCGUCACAAGACCAGUCACAAAGAUGGUCCGACUGGAUGUCAGCGGCCUGCUGGUGUAG